AUGGCUUCUUCUGAGUUAGACUCGAAACGAUGGAAAAGAGAAAUUCGAGUAGUAAGUUUUUCGUUGGGUAUGGGAAUGAUUCUGCUGAGUCUGAUUCUGUAUAUUCGUAGAAGAAAGAAGAGUAACCAAAGGCUGAGAGGAGGUGGACUUGGACGCAUCUUUGCAGACAAUCACAAUGAUGAAAGCCAUAAGAAAGACAUAGAGCUGCCACUAAGUCUGGACUUGAUUUUAUUUGAUCCAGUGAAAAGUGCAGUUCUUGAUUGGCCGAAGCGCUUCCACAUUAUUAAUGGCAUUGCCAGGGGCCUUAUGUAUCUCCAUCAAGAUUCACGUCUCAGAAUCAUCCAUAGAGACCUCAAAGCCAGUAAUAUUUUGUUAGAUUCUGACAUGAACCCAAAGAUAUCAGAUUUUGGCUUGGCUAGAAGUUUUGGAGGAAAUGAGACUGGAGCUAACACCAGCCGAGUAGUUGGAACAUAUGGAUACAUGUCACCGGAAUAUGCAGCAGACGGACUUUUCUCAGUAAAAUCAGAUGUAUUUAGCUUUGGUGUUCUAGUGCUUGAGAUAGUGAGUGGCAGAAGAAACAGAGGAUUUUCUCACACAGAUCACCACUACAACCUUCUUGGACAUGCAUGGAGGCUUUAUAAAGAAGGUCGGUCUUUGGAACUAGUCCAAGCAUACCUUGGUGUCUCGGGCAAUUUAUCAGAAGUUUUGCGAUUAAUUCAUGUGGGAUUGUUAUGCGUUCAACAAUGUCCAGAAGAUAGGCCAAACAUGUCUUCAGUAGUGCUAAUGUUGGGAAAUGACGGUGUAUUGCCCCAUGCUAAAAAGCCUGGUUUUUUCACGGAAAGAGAUUUGUUUACUGCUGAAAGUUCAACCAGGACAAAUGCCGCAAGUUCAAUAAAUGAAGUGACCAUUACCCUUCUAGAAGCACGAUAA